AUGGCUUCGAAGCACGAGCUGUCCCUCGUCCGCUCCUACGAGCAGGGCGAGAUGACGAGAUGUCCGUUCCCUACUGUCACUGCCUCAUUCUACCACCAUGCUCUCGGCUUCCCCGACGCCAUUGCCGUCAGGGACCUCUCGAGCCAGCCGCCGCGGGAGCUCACAUAUCGUCAACUUCGCAUCCAUGCACAGAGCCUGGCGAGAAAGCUCCGAGGCCUCGGUGUAGGUCGAGGACAGCGCGUCCCACUACUCGUGAAGCGGGGCCAAGAAAUGAUUGUCGGUAUCUGGGCCAUCCUAUCCUGUGGAGCGCAGUACGUCCCUCUGGACGGGGGGGUUGUGCCAGAGUCCACCAUCCGAACCGUCAUUGAGCAAUCGGGCUGCUCGGUCGUUCUCUGCAUCUCCUCGACGGAGCAGCGACUCGAGGACCUCCACCAACAUGCGCCGCUGACGCCCGUUCUAAUCGACGAACACUGCCGUUCUGACAGUGAGACAUGGUCGAAUCAAGAGGUGCUUGACCUGGCAACGGCCGACGACGGAUGCUACGUCAUUUACACAUCUGGGACCACCGGGAAGCCCAAAGGAGUAGACGUUACCCACCGGAAUGUAGCGAACUUGGUGUGCCAGGGUCCCGGCAACCUGGAUGUGCGGCCCGGGACAUGUGUCGGCAGCAUUCUGAACAUAAGCUUUGACAUGGCUGCCUGGGAGAUCUUCGCCUGUUUAUGCAACGGCGGCACCCUCGUCGUUCGCGGCUCUCAAUGGGAGCCGGCACUGGAGCAGAUCAACGUCUUGAUUUGCACACCUACGAUUCUCUCCAAGUACCACCCCACAAAAUUCCCCAAGAUCCGGGCGGUGGCCACGGCGGGCGAGGCAUCGUCCCAAAAUCUUGCCGACCUCUGGGCAACGCACACGACGUACUGGAACUGCUGUGGGCCUACCGAGACGACAAUUGUGAACACAAUGUCCAGGCACGUUGUUGGCCAGAAGCUGUCCAUUGGCAAGCCGACACCCAACAACAAAGUGUACAUCCUUGACGGGGACCUUGAGCGCGUCCCUCUCGGUGCUUCUGGAGCCAUGUGGGCCGGCGGCCAUGGCGUGUCCAGGGGCUAUGUAGGCCUCGAGGCCAAGACCAAGGAGGCAUACCUGCCGGACAAGUUCGCCAACGACGGCUCGUUUAUGUAUAAGACAGGUGACCUCGGGUCAUGGAUGGAAGGGGGCGCCAUCGACAUCCUUGGGCGUGCCGAUGACCAGGUCAAGGUCAAGGGCUUCCGCGUGGAGCUUGAUGGCAUCUCUGCCACUUUGGCCUCGUUCCCGGGCGUCACAAGAGCAACUGCUCUGCUCAUCGAUGGUCAAAUUCACGGCUUCGUCUCCCCGGAUCAUCUCGACAACGUCUCCAUCCUCGACCACACCAAGAAGUCCCAGCCAUACUAUGCCGUGCCUUCCAAGAUCAUCCUUCUCUCGCAUCUGCCAUCGACGGCGAACGGCAAGAUUGACAAGAAGUCCUUGAUGACGAUGCACGUGGCGGAGGAGGAGGAGGAGGAGGAGGAGGAGGAGGAGGAGGAGGAGGAGGAGGAGGCUCAACCUGCGGCAGAGCCCAAGCCCGCAGUGGUGUCUGAGAAGGUUGUGGAUCUCGAGGCUGCCGUGGAGACUCGUUCCGUCUCGGGUACAUCCGUUUCUGCCACAUCGCUGACCACCACGACAACGUCGACGACCACGGACAAGAAGGACCUCUCGGCCGAAAUCCCCGACAAGCGCAGAGGUCGUCCCUGGCGAGGUCUCCGCCACCGUGUCUUCAUCAUCUACCGCCAGCUCUUCAGUCUCGUGUGGCUGCUCAACAUUGGAUUUCUCGUCGCCCUUCUCGUCACCGACGGCGGCUAUUCCUGGCUCAACCUUUUGGUGGCCGGCAACCUGGUGGUUUGCAUCCUGAUCCGCCAGGAGCUCGUCAUCAACGCUCUCUACACCAUUUUCUGUUCCGUACCCAAGGGAUGUCCUCUCUGGAUCCGAUCGCGAUGCGCGGAGAUUUACCAUCUGGGUGGUGUUCACUCGGGUGCUGGCAUAUGCGCAACGGCCUGGCUACUCAUCUCCACCGUGCGCGCCACUUGGGAUCGCGUAGCGGACGGGACCCUCAACCAAUUGAACCCGAAUGUUUUAGCCGUCCUGGUGCUUUCGUGGAUCUUGUGCAUCCUCUGCGUCAGCAUGGUCGCUUUCGCCUAUCCUGGCUUCCGCAAGCGCUACCACAACCAAUUCGAGCGCAUCCACCGCUUCGUGGGAUGGACGACACUCGUCAUCUUCUGGGUUCGCACCGUUUUGUCCGUGGAUGGCGAGAGAGGCCCUACCCAGGAGCUCGGUCAUGCCCUGGCCAGGAGCCCCAUCUUCUGGAUCCUCGUCGUGGCCAGCUUGAGCGUCGCAUCCUCGUGGUUCUUCCUUCGCAAGGUGCGCGUCGAAACAGAGGUCUUGUCCAACCACGCUAUCCGUCUUCACUUUGACUAUACCACACCCGUCAAUGGCAGCUUCACACGCCUGUCCGAGAGGCCUCUCCUGGAAUGGCACUCUUUCGCCACGAUCCCAAAGCCCAAGGCCUCGGGCAAGGGAUACUCCCUGGUCGUAUCCAACGCUGGGGACUGGACGCGUCGUUGCAUUGAGAACCCCCCGACCAAGAUGUGGGUGCGUGGCCUGCCCACAUGCGGCGUCAUGCGCAUAGCGACUUUGUUCAACCGCGUGGUCAUUAUCGCCACGGGCUCGGGCAUCGGGCCCGUCCUCGGCCACAUUGGGCAGCCGAGCUGCCCUACACAGCUCAUUUGGUCGACCAAGGACCCUGAGUCGACCUUUGGCGAGGACGUCACCAGCACGAUCCGCCGGAACAUUCCCGACGCGGUCAUCCACGACACCAAGGUCAACGGACGUCCUGAUCUGGUGCGGAUGGGGUUCAACAUGGCGACCAAUUUCGGGGCCGAGGCUGUCAUUAUCAUCGCUAACGAGAAGAUCACCAAGAAGGUGGUAUAUGGUCUUCAGACGCGUGGCGUGCCGGCCUACGGUGCCAUCUGGGACAGCUGA